AUGGCGCUCUCGAGGCGCCAUCGGCCCCAGGCGUCCACGACGGCCAAGGGGGCCGCUAGGCCUUCGAAAAGUGAAGGAAAACGUGUUAAGAAGGGGUCUUCAGCUGAUUGCGGUGUCCAUUCUGGAGCAUCUAAUCCUUUGAUUGAGGUACAGAGGGACGCAUGCACUAAGCAGACAUCCAAAGAUGAUGUUGGAGCAGCAGGAGAGGAGCCGCCGCACUAUCAGCAAGAACAGCUGGAAGCGCCCCAACUGGAAACAGAAGGAGCAGGAUCGACUCAAGAAACACAAGAUGUAACGUUCAGCUCACUCGGUGUGUGCCCCUCCCUUUGCUCCGUUUUACAGCAUCUUUCUUUGUUGGAGCCAACGCCGGUUCAGCGGUGUUCUCUGCCUUUGGGCCUAUCCGGUCAUGACUUUUGCGCUAUUGCCCCCACUGGGACUGGAAAAACACUUUGCUACUUGUUGCCGGUACUUCAGCGAAUUCAGCGUGGUAUGGGGCACACGUUUAUGUCCGUCGUGUUGCUACCUGCUCGCGAACUUGUCUCUCAAGUAGGAGAGCAAUUUGGCGUGUAUGGACAGCACCUUGGUCUAAGGUGGGUCGAGGUUACAGGGGGAAGAGACAUGAUGGUUGAGGCCGAGGCGCUGCAGCAACAAGCUCCACAUGUCGUUCUCGCCACCCCGGGGAGGCUUGCGGACUUGUUGCAGCGUGAGAGAGGUCUCGCAGCAGCCGAAGCAGAAGCAUCCCCAACAGCACCAGAUAUAUCCGGCAGUGAAAACGAGGAAGAAACUUCCGAAAAUAUCAGCAGUAGGAACUCCAGAAAUGGACACACUGCAGACGUCCCUCCCCGCUUGUUACGAGGCCCGAUACACGAUAGGUUGCAGGCGGUCGAUUGUCUAGUACUAGACGAGGCCGAUAGACUCUUAAGCGAAGAGUUUGGUCCCGAUCUGCGCUUGCUGCUGUCAUCACUGCCGGCAUCUUCGGCAGGGAGACAGACGUUGCUGCUUUCUGCCAGCAGCAGCCCCGCGUUGUUGCAGCUGCAGCAACAAUUCGGUGAUUCCCGAAUGCCUUUGUUGCUGCCUGAGAAGGCAGCCAGAUGUCCGCCUCUGCUGCAACACAGGUACAUAUUUGUUCCCGCUGCAAUGCGCGGGGUAUAUGUACUACAUCUGCUGCAACAGGAGCCAUUUGCGUCUCAAAGGGGCAUCAUAUUUAGUGGCUCUGUGAGGAAGACGCAGCAGCUCGCGACAGCUUUGCAGCAACUGGAGGUGGAUUGCGUCUGCAUCCAUUCAUUGUUGCAGCAGCGCCAGCGCGUUGCUGCUCUAAGGGCAUUCCGAAGCGAACACAAACGAAUUCUGGUAGCAACAGAUGUGGCAGCUCGAGGACUCGACCUUCCCAAUCUAGACUUUGUAGUAAAUCUCCAGCCUCCGAAGGAGCCAGAAACAUACAUACACCGAGUUGGAAGAACUGCCAGGGCAGGAAGAAAGGGCCUGGCCAUAACUUUCGUUGAUCCAGCAGAUGUGGCUGCCGUACACCGAGUGGAGUCUUACAUCGGCCGUCGCCUUGAAGAGCAGCCACUGGCUCCACUGGGUCUCGCCCGAGUAGUGCGAGACGUGUUGUCCGCGGAGGUGAAAGCGGCGGAAAAGCUUCGGGCCAAUGGCUUCAACCAGAAGGCUGAAAUUUACGAAACUGCACAGAAGGAGUAUAGGAGGCUGAGAAAAGAACGAAGGAGUAGAGAAUAA